CAGGGCACAAAAUAAUGAGAGAAUAGUUUCUGCGUGCGGCGUAUGUAUGUAUGUACGAGGCGUUACACCGCCCUUUCCCCGUCAUCUCGUCACCGCCGGGAAAGCAAAACAUCACUCCGAGCGCUUCUCUUCCGGCAGUCGCCAAAUUACCACAAACAAAGCGGCUUUGCGUAUUUGGGGCCUUGUCGGAGCUUCAUAGGACAGGAUGCAAAAACAGGAUGAGUUCAAGCGCCCUCCUUUCUUCAGCUAUCCUCCCUAUUUCACUUUACAGCCUGUAAGGGAAACAAGGGAAAAACAGACGCAGCUAUGGAAGGAGUUGAUAAUUGACUACUGUAAGUCACAAAAAAUAUUUGUUAUUGGACUUGAGGAGGACUUUCCAUUGUUCAGUAAUCCUGCAAUUGAGAGAUCUCUUAGUCAUGAAGCAAAGGAAACAUUUCUGUCUGCCUUGGUUUCAGAUGGCCGUGCAGAAUGGAUGGAUAAAGGCCAUAGGAAAUGCCUUAUCCUUUGGCAUCGGAUUCAGGAUUGGGCUGAAAUAAUAGUACAAUUUGUGAAGGAAAAUGGUCUGGAGGACAGUGUAAUGACAGUUGAAGAGAUACGUAGCGGAACCGAAUCAAGGGGAACAAAUCUUGAUGGGUUGGACCGAACCAUUUUGAUGCGGGCUUUGAAACUGCUAGAGAACAAGGGAAAGCUUGCGAUCUUCAAGGGAACUUCUGCCGAUGAUGAGGGCGUCAAAUUUUCAUUAUGACCACCCCCACCUUCACGUCAAUCGCUAGGCUAGAUACGAUUGUUGUAAAAAUGGUUCCAUAACAAAUUAUUGUCCUUUUGCAACAAUUUUUUAUACAACAGUUGUUGGAUGCCCAUCCAUAAAAAGUACUACUGUAGUACAAGUAUUUGCUUUAUCAUUAAAGAUUAAGAUGGAUUGGUUAUUGUUUACCCGUCACUGUAUACUCUGUAUUGUACUUUUAGUUCAAAUAAUUGUUUGUUUGGUUA